UUCAACCAGAAAUUUUUUUCAGUGUAGCGCUAAUAGUGCCGAACUGAUAGCGAGAAUGACCGUGGGAAGACUGUUUAUCUUAUCGGCCCUCGUUAUAGCCAACAAUUCUCUUUGACUAGAUUAAUCCUCGUAAAAUCCGAUAAAAAGUCUAUCAUUAACAUUCAACCCGACCGAAACGAGAUAUUGUAACAAACGUGUAUCGUGUUGAUUUUGGUGAAUUAUAUUCCACAGUACAAGAGAGACACGUGUUAAGUACCGCAUUUGACAAAAUUAUUAGGCACCCUCGUUAUACUGUAUUGAAUCUAAUAUCUGGAAAAUUUGCUUCUUUUCUUAAUUGUUUAGUAAACCGUUCAUUGCUUCUAUGCAGUAAACAAUAAAAAUUUUUCUAGUAUUCGGUGCAGUGUACAUUGGAAAUUUAAGUGGGUUACAUUUUACGCGCUUCUUUCCGUUUCAAAUCACAACAUAUAACUUGACGUACGUUAUUUUACACGUUUCUUGCCAUUUAAAAGGAUCAUUUUCAAACGGUAAGGAAUGUGUAAGUGACGUUCAAGUCACGUGUCGCGAUUUUUAACACAGAAGAAAGCGUGCGAAAAGUGUUUCGCCAAAUUACACAUACGGUAAAAGUAGCGAGCCCAGUAAACACCGAGUAUCAAUUACAUUGCAUUGAUGUUACAUGUGGUAUGUAACAUUUACAUUGUUGAAUGAGAGAUUGUAACAUAAAUGCAAUGUAACUAAUGCCCGGUGCUCGCUGAGAGGGUGCAUUAAUAAUCUUGUCCACGGCUGCAAUUACUAAAAUCCACUAAUCGGAGAUGUUACGAAACACGCGAUUAUAGAAUAAAAUGUUAAAAUAUCAAACGCUCCUUCCUUUUUAAUUAAAUCCUCCCCGCGAUGCAUUAUCUCCAAUGUAAAUGGGGUAUAUAUCUUAUAAGACGGUAAGAAGAGAAAUUUCUUCGGGGAAACUUCUCGCGGAAGUAAAGAAAGCCCCGGCGUUAGAUAAUGGGGGAAAGGAGUAGGAGUGCACUUUGCGUAGACAGAAUUGUCUGGGCGGGAGGAGCAUUGUCGAGUGGCGGCAUUGUCAGGGUCGCUUAGGUGUGGUCAGUCAUUGUUACGUCUUCCACGGUGAUGCGUGUGGCGCGACGGUUGUAAAACGGGCACUUUAAUAUCUGUAAUUCAUACCGCGCGGCCGUAAUGUAAUAGGCGAUGCCGUGCGCGCUCGCGCAAAGUUAUUUCGCGUUCCCUUAGAUUUCACUCUUGCCUCAUUUCGCCGUCCUGCCUUAACUGGUCGUAGGUGUACGGAGGCCCGAGGCAAUAAUGGCUAAUUGUUAAGCGUAACGUUACACGGGAUCGAAUGUGGAACGGCACGGGGAUAGACCUCGUGACGCAAAUAUUGUACCUACACGCUCGCCCGGCAAUAUUCGCCGAUGAUUAUUUGCGAAUGUAUACGCACGUAAUAUGUAACGGAGUGCGCAAUAACACACGAGGGGUUGACAUUCUCGCCGGACGAUCGAAUGAAGGGAGAAGGGACGUCGCAGGUUCUCAUGCGUCGCCGGACGACGAGGUCGGGACACAAUCGUUCCGAUCGGACGACCAACUGAAGGAUCGGGUUCGGAGCGACAAAAAAAGGUGGAGUGGCUGGCAGUGCGGAGGAUUGUUCGCUGAAACCUGGCGUCUAACCGCCGCGCGAUCUCGCGUUAAUCAUGUUAUCGAUCUAUCGAGGACGUCGGAUCGAUUCCGCGAUAUUCUUCCUCGCGAUUGCCCGCGUGACAAUCUUAAUCCUUUACACUCUUAUGUCGCGUGUGACUCAGUUUUUAUCUCAGGAGCUUCUUUGUCGAGUCUCACUCGACAUUUUUUCAAGUCCAAACCAAUAGAUGACAAUAGAUGAAAUAUAAUUCGGAGUG